AUGUCUAUAGAUCAGACAGAGAAAUCAACGGAAAGCCAGCAAACAUCAGCAUCAACAACAUCCGUCUCCACAGAGCUACAAUCUUCCACUGAGUCUUUGGUGACUCCCACAGAAACACCCCAUGGUUAUGUAGUGAGUACCAGCACGACUAAGAGUCAACCAACCAGCUGGGGAACCACAGAAGCAGUGCUGUCUUCAUCUACUGAAACAGACGCGAUUUCGAUUGAGACGGCAAGGACAACAAAAUCAAUGGAAUCAACGUCAGUCACAACCACAAUGACAGAAAGCACAGAACGCCGAACAACUGCUUCCUCUACAUUUACGCCUCAGACGAGUAAGGUUCCUCAAGCAUCAACUGCGACCACCACAGGAACAACACUGACGUCGAUCGAAACAACCACUUUCACAGAAAGCACAGAAGGUCCAUCAACUGCUGGCUCUACAUUUCAGACUCAGAUGACCACGGUUCCUCAAACAUCUACUGCACUCAACACGGGAACAACACUGACAUCUAUCGGUCAGACAGAGACAUCAACAGCGAGCCAGCAAACAUCAGCAUCAAUGACGUCCUUCUCCACAGAGCUUCAAUCAUCCACUGAAACUCUUACAUCAACAGCGAGCCAGCAAACAUCAGCAUCAAUGACGUCCUUCUCCACAGAGCUUCAAUCAUCCACUGAAACUCUUUGUACAGACUGUCAGUGUAAUGGAUUACUGUGCAUAUUUAAUGUGACACUUGGAGCCUGCCAGUGUCAGUGUCAAGAAUUCGUCUUUGGAGACGAAUGCGUUCUUGGAGUAAAUGACACCUCUAUCAUCAUUGACACAGGGGCAAUCCCGACUCGACAAGCAAAUGUUACUCUGAUAAUCAACGUCACUUAUGUGGAUGCAUUUAAUAACAUGAGUUCAGCAGAAUCUUUAGAGUUCAUCGCUAAAUUGGAAGAGCAGCUUGGCACUCUUUGCAAACAAGCAGACCCACAAACCUAUGAAACAGUCAAGGUCAAGAAGUUGUUACCAGGAUCUGUUGUCGCAGACAGCGUGGCAGUUUACAAAUAUCCAAACAAUGACAGUCACAUCCAGUUCAUCAACACUCAGCUUGAAGAAGUCCUGACUGUCAUUCUGAAUGACACUGCCAACCUCAUCAAGAUUUCACAGGCGUUUGGUAAUGAAAGCAUCCAGCUCAAUCAAGUCACCUUCCAGGCCCCUCCAAUUGCAAAUAUCAGUAACCUGGAACCUUACGUGAACUGCGAGUUUGCUAACUACACGGCUGAGAUAAUCAACAGUCAGUGGCAGUGUGUGGGACCUUGCAAAACCAUCCCUGAUUACUGCAAUCGGCAUGGAGACUGUCACAAUCAUAUCGACGACGGGCCAAUCUGCGAUUGCUAUCAAAACAACUUCGAGCAGUAUUAUGGUCCAAGAUGUGAGCUUUUCCGACGAGGUCCAGGAUUCUAUGGGGCGCUGUUUGGAUCACUGGCGGGCGCACUCCUGCUCUUGAUCAUCAUCAUCGUUAUCAUUGUCAUCAUUGUGAAAAGAAGGUAUAAGAACAUUUGGAGAAGCGACUCCUAUGAUAAGCAACUGUUUGAUUUUGAGGAAGACUUCUUUGACUUCACCAAUAAAGGAGAACCGAAUUAUGGAGUCGCAGGCAGUUACUCAUCAAAAGGAUUCAGGCCAUAA